AUUGAAUUCAUUGAAAAUGAUUGUGAAAUACAAAAUGAUAAUAAUAAUGAUAUUGAUAGAAUAUCACAUUCUUCAAAUAGCAAUAAUUUAAAAACAACACCACAAAAAAGUGUUUGUUUUCAUUCAGUAACAGGUCAACCGGGAUCGGAUAAAAAAAUUACUAAUGCAAUUGAUUGUCUACAAAACAUGAUUAAUGGUACAACAUUGAUCAAAGUCAAAGCUAGUAUGCGACAAUAUAGACGAUUCUAUUCAUUGGAUGAAGAUUUAAGUAUUAUACGUUGGUCACCAUCGACAAAAAAAACAUCCAAAGCAAAAUUACCAAUCAAAAGUAUUCGUGAAGUACGUCGUGGAAAAAAUACUGAUGUAUUAAAAAAUUCUGAAAUAACUGGAACAUAUAAAGAAGAUUGUACAUUUUCAAUCAUUUAUGGUGAUGAUUUUGAAACAAUUGAUUUGAUUGCAUUAUCAUCUACUGAAGCAAAUAUUUGGGUUACUGGAUUAAAUUUUCUAAUUGGCCUUAUAAGAUCUCCAGAUUCGUUGGAAGGAAGAGAAAAAAUGCGUGAAAAAUGGUUAUUAGAUGUAUUUGAUGAAGCUGAUUAUGAUCAUAAAGGAAUGCUUGAUGAAUUAGAAACAAUAGCAUUACUUAAAAAAUUAAAUGAACGUCUUUGUAUUGAUAGUUUAAAACAGAAAAUUGUUGAAUUUGAAAUGAAUAAAAAAAAUGGUGAACAACGUGGUUGUAUAUCGAAACAUGCAUUCAUUAGUCUAUUUACACAAACAGCAACAAGACCGGAUAUCUAUUUUAUUCUUGUUCGUUAUUGUGGACGAGAUUAUAUGACAGUUGAAGAAUUACAGCUAUUUUUAGAAGGUGAACAAAGUAUACAAGGAACAUCAUUAGAAUUUUGUCAAAAUCUUAUCGAACGUUUUGAACCAAGUGAUCAAGCUCGCCAUAAAAAACAAUUAUUAAUCGAUGGUUUUACACAAUUUUUAAUGUCCGAUGCAUGUGAUAUACUUGGUUUAGCACCAAAACAAAUUUCACAUAAUAUGAAUCAUCCAUUUAUCGAUUAUUUUAUCUCAUCAUCAUAUAAUACAUAUCUGAUUGAAGAUCAAGUUAAAGGACCAUCUAGUUGUGAAGGAUACGCAAAAGUAUUAUCAUCAGGAUGCCGUUGUGUUAAAAUCGAUGUACAUGAUGGUCCAGAAUGUCCAUUAGUUUUUCAUCGAAAUACUUUAACAAGCAAAAUUCCAUUAAUAGAUGUUCUGACUACCAUAAAAGAAAUGGCUUUCAUAAGCUCACCUUAUCCAAUGAUUAUUCAUCUGGAAAAUCAUUGCUCGUUAAACGUACAGAAAGAAGUGGCACGUUUAUUUCGAAAAAUUCUCGGUGAUUAUUUAUUUAUAUUACCAACAACAAAUGAAAUUUCAAUGGAUAAUGAAAUGAUAAAAUUUAAAAUGGAAACCAUGUCGCUUUCAUCCAAUUCAUCGGAUGAUUAUUCAAAUGAAAUGCAACAAAAUGCAUCGUUUAUAUCAUCAUCGGAAAAACAUUUGAAUAAUAUUAGUGAACAAUGUUGUUCAACAAAUAUUUGGUCCAAAAUAACUCCAGAAAAAUUGAUGCAUAAAAUAAUCAUUUCGGGUAAAAAAAUUUCCAAUAAAAAUCUAACGAUUGAAGAAGUUAGUGAUGAAGAAGAAGAAAAUAAUAAUUUUAGAAAUUUUGAAUUUCGUAAACGUAUUGCUAUUUGUCAAGAACUUUCUGAAAUAAUUUCAAUGAUUCGUACUGAUGAUUGGUCAAAUUUUGAUAAUCCAAAUUUGAUUCAUUUGAAUGAAUCAUUAGCCAUUAAAAUUGCUCAACAAAAUGUUGAAGAAUUAACUCAACGUAAUAAACAUUUUAUGACACAAAUAACACCCGAUAUAAGUCGAAUUGAUUCAAGUAAUUUAGAUCCAUUUGAAUUCUGGAAUUGUGGCGUGCAGCUCAUAUCAAUGAAUUAUCAGACUAAUGGUCAAAUUAUGAAUAUAUAUCGUGGUUGGUUUAGCCAAAAUGGUUGCUGUGGUUAUGUAUUGAAACCAACAUAUUUAAGGGAAAAAUAUUCAACAUUUAAUUUACGAAGAAAAGAUGCGAUCACAUCAGCUGUUGAUCCAUUGAAUAUUCGUAUCAAAAUUAUAAGCGGUCAACAAUUACCUAGACCUAAAGGAGCAUCAAUGAAAGCCAAUUCAAUUGAUCCAUAUAUUAUUGUACAAUGUCUUGGUACUACAAUUGAUUGUGCCGAAUAUCGUACAUCAACCAUAUCGAAUGAUGGACAUAAUCCUAUUUUUGAUGAAAGUUUUGAAUUUAAUGUUUGUCUUCCUGAAUUGACAAUGAUUAGAUUUUUAGUAUUAGAUGAUGAUUAUAUUAAUGAUGAUUUUAUUGGACAAUUAACAAUACCGGUAUCAUGUUUAGAAUCUGGUUAUAAACAUAUCAAAUUAUUGAAUAUGAAUAAUGAAAUUAUACCAAAUACAAGUUUAUUUGUAAAAAUUGCAUUAACACGAAGAUAUGGAUCAAAACAACGAUUACGAAGGAAAAAAAGUUGGUCACAGAAAAAUAAUCAUGAUGUUAAACAAAUGGGUGUAAAACAUUUAGAUGAACAAUUGAAAACGGUAUUCGCAAUGGUAAAUGAAGCAUCACAAAUACGAAAAAAUGUUGAAAAAGUUUAUCUUGAAUUAUGUGAUGAAUGUUCAUUACCAGAAAGUGCUAAUAUGGCACAAUGUCUUCGAAUAAUUACCUUAAGACUUGCUACUUGUCCAACGGUAAUUGGAUUUAAAAUUGUAACAUCUGAAUUAGGUUAUCCAUGUGUACAGGUAUGCGGUGAAUUAACUACACGUUUAAAUCGUACUAUGACAAUAUUGGAUCGUUGUCUUAAUGAAUCAUUCAAAGCUAUUGAUCAAUCAAAAAAUUAUAUAUCAUCUUUAUCGGAUUUAUUUGAAAAAUUUUCCAAUGUUAGUUAUCAAUUUGAAGGUUUACAUCAACAACAACAAGAAACAAUAACAUUCGAUAUUGAUGAUAAAUGUCGUGGUAAUAAUCAUAGUACAAAAACAUCAUCAUCAAGUUUAUUGUCCAAUAAUAAUGAUCAAUCACCAACACCGUUCAAUAAUGUUACAUCACCAACUGUAUUGCUCAAAUAUUCAAAACAUAAGAAAAAUGAAAAAAUUGUUGAAAAUCUUUUAUGGAAUCUAUCGGUUAUCAAAACCGAAUUAGAUAAUCUUAAUCUAUUAAGUAAUGAAUGUGAAAGUUAUUUUGGACAGAUUAAACGAAUUGCUGAAUCAUUGGAAAAAAUAUUUGAACGUGAACAUAAAAUAAUUUUACGAUCAAAUUCCUGUGUAAUACGUGAAAUACAUACGGCAAAUAAUUUUAUUUCAAAUCAAUCACCUGCCACUAUACAUGAAGUAGAAUCAAGACAAUCAUUAUCAUCAAUGAGUAAUGAAGGACAAUUGAGAAGUAUUUUGAAAAAAACAUCAUCACCACUUGUAUCGAAAAAAAUUUAUCUACAAACUUCUGAACAAAAAUAUUUUAUUGAUUGAUUGAACAAAUAUAAUGAACAAACAAAACAAACAAA